CUUCUUCCGUCGCUUCUCCCUCUCCCCGCCCCCACGGCUGCCUUCCAUUGGCUAAGACGGCUAAACCGCGCGGGGAUGCAGCAGCGCUACAUUCUGAUUGGCUAAAGACUAAGACGGGCCCCUUGUCAUUGGUUGACAAGAGAAACCAGCAAGAGUGGCUGUACAGCGGGCGUGCGGCCGCUGCUUUGUUGCCGGAGGGGGCGGCGUUGGAAGUUGCAGGCUUGCGGUGCUGGCGUUCUCGGCGAGAGGAGUCGCGCCGCUGUUAUCUUCCGCCCAGUAGUCUUCGGCCAGUCCCCGCCCGACAGUAGCCAUGAGCGGCGGCGUGUACGGCGGAGAUGAAGUUGGCGCUCUUGUUUUCGACAUUGGAUCGUAUACAGUGAGGGCCGGCUAUGCUGGGGAGGACUGCCCUAAGGUUGAUUUCCCCACGGCUAUUGGUGUGGUGCUGGAGAGAGAUGACGGAAGCACGAUGAUGGAGAUAGAUGGUGACAAAGGCAAGCAGGGUGGGCCCACCUACUACAUAGACACCAAUGCCCUCCGAGUGCCCAGGGAGAACAUGGAGGCCAUUUCACCACUCAAGAACGGCAUGGUUGAAGACUGGGAUAGUUUCCAGGCCAUUUUGGAUCAUACAUACAAGAUGCAUGUCAAAUCCGAAGCCAGCCUGCAUCCUGUUCUUAUGUCGGAAGCACCGUGGAACACCAGGGCAAAGAGAGAGAAGCUGACAGAGUUGAUGUUUGAGCACUACAGCAUCCCUGCAUUCUUCCUUUGCAAAACUGCAGUUUUGACGGCAUUUGCUAAUGGGCGUUCUACUGGGCUGAUUUUGGACAGUGGAGCUACCCACACCACUGCGAUUCCAGUCCAUGAUGGCUAUGUCCUUCAACAAGGCAUUGUGAAAUCCCCUCUGGCUGGAGACUUCAUUACCAUGCAGUGCAGAGAACUCUUCCAGGAGAUGAACAUAGAGCUCAUUCCUCCUUACAUGAUUGCAUCAAAAGAGGCUGUUCGAGAAGGCUCUCCAGCCAACUGGAAAAGAAAAGAGAAACUGCCCCAGGUUACAAGGUCUUGGCACAAUUACAUGUGCAAUUGUGUCAUCCAAGAUUUUCAAGCUUCCGUUCUUCAGGUGUCAGACUCCACCUAUGACGAACAAGUGGCUGCACAGAUGCCAACUGUUCACUACGAAUUCCCCAAUGGUUACAACUGUGAUUUUGGUGCAGAGCGGCUGAAAAUUCCUGAAGGAUUAUUUGACCCUUCCAAUGUAAAGGGGCUAUCUGGGAACACAAUGCUGGGAGUCAGUCAUGUUGUCACAACCAGUGUUGGAAUGUGUGACAUUGACAUCAGACCAGGUCUCUAUGGCAGUGUGAUCGUAGCAGGAGGAAACACACUAAUACAGAGUUUCACUGACAGGUUAAAUAGAGAGCUUUCUCAGAAAACUCCGCCAAGUAUGCGGUUGAAAUUGAUUGCCAACAACACAACGGUGGAACGGAGGUUCAGCUCAUGGAUUGGUGGCUCCAUCCUAGCAUCUUUGGGCACCUUUCAACAGAUGUGGAUUUCCAAACAGGAAUAUGAAGAAGGAGGGAAGCAGUGUGUAGAAAGAAAAUGCCCUUGAGGGCUCCACCUGCCUGCUGCCCGUCACCUCACGUCUGUAGCUUUAGAACACUCAGGAAAAGAUGACCAUCUUUUGUAGAAUGUUUAUACAUGUUUGCAUAUUUCAAUUUCCACUUAAAUUUUUUAAGGCUUUAACUGGCUCUAUAAAUUAAAUGAGUUUGUGCUUUUCUUGAAAUGCACUUAUUCUUAUUACAGGCAUUUUAUAAUUUUGUAUGAAUGUCUAUUUUCUCUAAAUAUUUUGCUUUCAGGAAGUACUUUCCAGCUCUCCUUUGAGUUGGUGGAAUUACUCUUUAUUGACUAGUAAAAGUUACUGCCUAUGCUUUUUACCUUAGGCUUACAAAACUAAAUAAAAAAUCACUACUGUCCUAGAA